AGGUUUUAAAAAAAGUCUAAUUUGGGUCAAGAAUGCUGAAUAUGUCAGAUGAUGUAGGGUGACUUUAGAUUUACUGUAUUGAAGUUCUACAGAGUUUUGUUUGGAUCCCUUUGCCUUUUCUCAUACGUACAGCGCUUGGCACUGGUUGUUGGCUGGUCUGUUCUUUUAAUACCUGGCAUCCUGCUAGCAACACACGGUAGUGUAUAAUUCAGCUCUGAAUGCUUACGUUGAAUCAAGCUCUCAGAUGUGGGGGUGGCAAGAGCAAACAGUUUGGGACUUGUAGUCCUUAGCAGUGGCCUAGAAGCAGGUAUAGUCAUACUUAAGGACUGCGCUUCCCAGAGUGCCUUGCCCUUGGCCAUACAGGAAAGGGAACAGCCGGUAGCCUAUCCUAGUGGGGAGGUGUGGUGAUUGAGUAGCGGGCAAGCCAAUCGCAGAGGGGGAAGUGAAGCCAGAGCAGUGGGCUGAAAAUAGAGUGGGGGAGUUAGUAGGUGUCUGUCUGUGUGGGAUCAGGCAAGGGCUUGCCUGUGUAACUAGGGCUACUCGCAAGUUUCCUGUCUGCAGUUGCUCCAGACCAGAGCCCUGCCCAGGCACGCAGGCAGGCAGGCAAGAGGGAGACUGAGCUGACCCACAGGGAAACAAAAUUCUGGCCGGCCGGUAAGAGCUCCAAAUGCACUCUCACUCUCUCUGGUGUCUGAGAUGGGAAAGGCAAGCUAGAAGAGAAAUAAUGGAAUUUUUAAAGGGGAAAGAGAGCGACUUGGCUUGAUUAAGUUCAGAGCGCUUGACCCACUUGCAGAUGGCAUAGAGAUGGAAAACGGAGGCCUGCUGUUUUAAGACAGGCAGACGGACAGACGGCAGGACGGACGGACGGGUGGCGGCUGCAAUUGGCGGCUCGGCGGCAGGCUGGUGGAAAAUGUCGUCGGGAGCAGGUGGGCGGGGAAGACGUGAGGCAAGGGCCUGUGGGGGUGCAGGCGAGGUAGAGGAAGGACCAGUGGGCAUCCCCUUCCCAGAGCACAGUGCUGACCUGCUGGGCAGUCUUAAUCGGCAAAGGUUGAGUGGGCUGCUGUGUGAUGUGCUACUAGUGGCUCAAGAGAGAGAAUUCCCUGCCCACCGCUCUGUGUUGGCUUCCUGCAGCACCUACUUCCACAAGCUUUUCACCUCGGGCCUGGCUGCUGACCGCCAGAAAGUCUAUGCGCUGGACUUUGUGCGGCCUGAGGCACUGGCUGCCCUCUUGGACUUUGCCUACACAGCCACACUCACAGUCAGCCGCAACAGUGUGGUUGAUAUCUUAAGCGCUGCCCGUGUGCUGGAGAUCUCACCUGUCCAAGAUGUCUGCACACACCUGCUGGACACCAAAGUGCUCUCCCCGCCGGCGGGCAGUGAGCAAGAAGAAGACCAGGAAGAGGAGGAGCGAGGUAAGAAUGGAAAAGAGCAGGGCAUCCGGCUGCGUGCCCGUGAGUUCUUGGAGUUCUUCCAGAGGGGGGCGCAUUGGGGUAGCAGCUGCAGCACGCCAGAGCUCAGGGACCUGCCCGCACACCUGCACUUUAGCCAACGCAAUGGUGCUGACAGCAAUGGCACACCCAUCGGCCCUGCUGACUACUACUCCUCACUGGCCCAAGCCCUAUCACAGCCGCCUCGUGACCACGAAGAUGAGAAUGUGGAUGAGGAGUGCCAGGAUGGACCUUCAGUUCUAGCUCGAGGGAAAGGUGCAGAGGCUGUGAUGUCCAUUUAUGCUCCUACUCAGAAUGGACAUUACUACCUCCAUCAGUCAGAGCCCAAAUCAGAGAUAGAGGUGGAGGGGACAGGUGAGCGUGAGCACGAACAAGGCCCAGCCAGUGCUUUGCUACAACAGAUGAUGGACUCCUUGGAGCGGAAAAGGGAACAGGCCACGACAGGUGGUGGAGGUGAGGAGGAUGGACCAGAGGGCGAAGAGCCAGAUGUGGAGUUUUACUUGAAGUACUUUAAUAGUGUGCAGCACGAGGAAGCCACCAGUGCCCCCAUGUCUCCAAGUUUGCUACCACUGUGGUCAUUACGGGGCAAUGGAGGUGGAAACCAAGCGACUGGACAGGGUAACAGCAGUGAGAGGAAGAUGCGCUCUAAGGCCUUCCAGAAGUGCCCUAUCUGCUCCAAGGUCAUCCAAGGUGCAGGCAAGCUUCCACGCCACAUUCGUACACACACAGGAGAAAAGCCCUAUGAGUGCGCCAUCUGCAAAGUGCGAUUCACCAGGCAGGACAAGCUAAAGGUUCACAUGCGCAAGCAUACGGGAGAGAAGCCUUACCUUUGUACUCAGUGUGGUGCUGCCUUUGCCCACAACUACGACCUGAAGAAUCACAUGCGUGUGCACACAGGCUUGCGCCCCUACCAGUGCUCCAGCUGUUUUAAAACCUUUGUGCGCUCAGACCACCUCCACCGUCACCUCAAGAAAGAUGGCUGCAAUGGCAUCCCUUCCCGUCGAGGCCGCAAGCCACGCAUACGAGAUUCUGAGCUCCUGGAAGGUCCUAUGGAAUUUCAUGGCCCAGAAGCAGACAUUGAGAGAGGUCGGCGGCAUCCGGACAGGGGAACCGGAACAUCAGUCAUUGAGGAAAAUCACGGUAGUCACACGCACAGUCCGGUUGCCGAUGGGGAAGGUAGUGAAGAUUUGACCUCGGGACUAAGGAACUCUACAACAACAUGAAUCAAACUUCAUCAGAGUGGGCUUUACUCAAAAACAAGAGGAAGAAUGAAACAGAAAAAUAAGAAAAACAAAGAAAAAAAAGAACCUUAAAACUACAUGGUCCUCUUUAAAAAACCAAAUCAGGGUGGCACGCAAAUCUAAUCUUCUAGUUUCUUUUUCCUCAUUUUUUAGCUUCUGCAUUCCACAUCGAACUUAACCACCAAGUUACUGGUCUGUUGGAAGAGCACUUAAAAUCACUUACCCGUGCUGUCACCAUCUUUCUGGGUCUUUUUGUUGGUGUUUUUUAGUAACAUAAUGGCAUAGCCAUAUGCGUACGAGAAAAAGCUACUAUGCAGUUUAAACAAGUUCCUCAUCUCUGGGUUGCAUCUACAGGGCCUUGUCUUAAAAAGUAAGGUGUCAAACACCAGGCUGACUGCUGCUUCAACAGGUUAGCUAUGAAUGGUCUAAGAUGUUAUCAAGACAACCAAUAGAUCUCUUUU